AUGAAACUACACUCGAUAAUCACUCUCUCAUCCCUCAUUGGCAUCGCCUCCGCGGCAGCCACCUGCAAACCCUCAACCUUCACAAUCCCAAACGCAACAGUCAUCACAGCCGAGCACCGCAACGGCAACGAGCCCAUCCCCCUCCCCAACACAGUCCCCUCCUGCGGCGGCGGCCCUUCCUUCAACGUAACUCCCCCCGUCCCCAUCUGCCGCCUCGUCCUCGACGUCCCGACAUCCCCCUCCAGCUCCGUCCGCGUCGAGGCCUGGCUCCCCGACCCGGCGACCUGGAACUCGCGCCUCCUGGCCUCGGGCACGGGCGGCAUCGGCGGCUGCGUGGACUACCCCGUCCUCCAGAGCGGCACCCGCCUCUCCUUCGCCGCCUUCGGGACGAACGCGGGCCACGACGGGGCCGCGGGGCACGAGCUCUUCCUGGGCAAGGAGGGCGUGAUCGAGGACUUUGGACACCGCGCGAUCCACGUCGAGGCGGCGGUCGCGAGGGAUGUCGUGAGGACGUACUACGGCUGCGAGGCGACGAAGAGGUAUUACCAGGGCUGCAGCACCGGCGGGCGACAGGGCCUGCAGGAGGCCGCGCUGUACCCGGACGACUUUGACGGGGUGCUCGUGGGCGCGCCGGGGGUGGACUGGUUGCGGAUCGUGGCGUCCAAGGGGAUUCUUGCCAGGCGGGUGGGGUGGCCGGACAUCGGCUCGCCCGCGUACGUGAGGCCGGAGCAGUGGAGGGCGGUGGUGGCGGCGCAGGUUGCGAUGUUGGACGGGCUCGACGGGGUUGUGGAUGGGGUUAUUGACGAGCCGGCGAGGCAUCGGUUCGAUCCGCAGGUUCUGGCUUGCGGGACGGGGGUGCUGGGGGAGGAUGUGUGUUUGGGGGCGGCGCAGGUCGGGUCUGUGAGGAGGGCGUAUGAGCCGGUUGCGGAUGAGGGGGGGAGGAUCGUGUAUCCUGCUUUUGAGAUCGGGAGUGAUACGGGCGUGUUUUCGGAUAAUGUUGUGGAUGGACGGCCGGAGUUGGAGUAUACCAUUCUUCAGGACUUCUGGAGGGGCGCCGUGUACAACGACACCACCUGGACCCCCCACGCCUUCGACACUUCCCAGAUGGAAUUCGCCGUCUCCCUGAACCCGGGCGGCGUCAACUCCGACUUCACGAACCUCUCCGCCUUCCGCGCCCGGGGCGGCAAGGUCCUCGCGUACCACGGUCGGGCGGACCAGACCGUCACCUCGGCUUUGUCGUCCGAGUUCUUCGGCAAAGUACAGACGACCUCGAACCUGACGCUGGAUGAGAUGGACGAGUUUUACAGGUUAUUUUUCAUUCCGGGGAUGAGGCAUUGCAGCGGGGGCCGGGGCGCGUGGAGUAUCGGGCAGACGUGGCCGUUGGACGGGGAGAGGCUGGAUGGGAGAGGGAACGCGUUGAUGGCGCUUGUUGCGUGGGUUGAGAAUGGGACGAGGGUUGAUGAGAUUGUGGGGGCGGGGUAUGAGGGUGGUGAUGUUGGUGGUGGGGAGGUUGUGGCUGAGAGGAAAUAUUGUCCGUAUCCUCUUGAGAGUCGGUGGGAUGGGUUGACGAACUCGAAUUUGUCGACGGCGUGGGAGUGUGUGUUGCCGAUCGACUAG